ACGCCCCCACCACAGCUGCGCGAAUAUGCUGCCCCCAGCCACGCCGGCCGCGCCCUGAUCCCCCGCACCCCGCGCCUCCAAAUGCUUCCCCGCCUCCGCCUCCGCCUCCGCCGCCGCCCCCUCGCCGCCGCCGCCGGAUCCGCUCGGCCGCGCCCCGCUCUCGAUCUGCCCCGCCCCACCUCCCGCUGACCUCGCCCCACGCGCGCCCCCGUUCCUCAUCCCCUCCGCGGCCUCCCUCCCUUCCCACCCUCACCCCCCCUGGGUUCCCCGGCGUGGGGUUGGGGGGACGCGCGGCUAGGGUUUCCGCGAUUCGGGUGGUGAGGGUUGUCGGGCCCGUGCCUGCUCGGCCUCCCCGGGCCGCCGCCGUCUCGGCUAAGGGGGUUGGGUUGGUUCUUCCUGUGGUGCUUCGGAGGAGCUGCGGGGCUCGAUUCGCGGGGAUACGCGCGCGCGCGCGCCGCCGAUCUGUGGCUGGCUGCGGCGCGGCAUUGGGAGGGCCUCCUGAGUUGGGGGGAGGUUGCUGAAGCUUCGAUUCGGUUGACCCCGUGGCUGGGGUUUGCCACCUUUUAGCUCGUCUGGCGGUUUUGGGUAAGCAUUUCGGUGGGGUUCGGCCUCUGGGUUAGCUGGUAUUGGAGGGAACCAUGGCGGAGAACAUCGAUCUGGUGCUGGAGUUCCUGCAGAAGAACCGCUUCGCCAAGGCCGAGGCCGCGCUCCGAGGGGAGCUAAAUGGCCGAGGGGAUGCGAGCAACGGGCCGACGGUGCAGAGGCGUGUAGCGGAGCCCAAGGAGGACGAUGAGCAAGAUGGCUCCGAGGCAGGUUCCAAUGCAGGGCCUAGAGGUGCUGCAUCGGUGAGGAGCGCGGACUCGUCGAGGGAGUUUAUCGUGAAGGAGAUUGAUGUUGGAGGCCUGCCGAAUGGGUCUGAUGGGAGGAAAGGGUUGGGGAUUGGCCUGGCUCAGGAGAACAAUACAGGGGAUCUGUAUCCUUGGAAUUUUAGCAUUGCAAACAGCACUAUGGAGCAACUGGCAGAGCUAUUGGUGUCGGAGGAGGUGCCAAGACAUCGGCGCGGCGCCGUUGUAGCUGAGAAGAGAGAUCGUGGUGUUGGGACCGAGCAACCUGGUCCUGUGCUUGAGCAAAAGGUUUCUUUUGGAAGAGGAAAGGGGAAAGUGGAUGUUGCAGGGACAGGGAGAAAUGAAAUAAAUGAACCAGGCCAUUCCAGGGAUAAAAAUCUUGUUCCAGAAAAAGAGGAGCUCUUGAAUGGAUGUACAGUUAAGACAGUGCUUCCAUUCCCUGCAGAAAAUCCAUCAUCCAGUUACCAUACAGCACACCAUGAUGGAAAUGAGAGGAAAGACGCUAAGAAAAGCAUUGAUGCGGACUGUGUUGGAAAAGCAACUAAGGGGCAGCUUGAUGAGGGGAACAGGCAGUAUUACUCAGGGAAGUCCCAGGAGAACGCAGAUCAGGUUGCUGACCGUUGCUUCGAUCUGCAGCUUAUUGGAGACAAUCAACGUGAGGAGCUUCCAAAGUUACCUCCUGUGAGGCUCAAGUCUGAGGACAAGCUAGUUAAUAUGAAUUGGGAGGAAAAGGUCAACCAUAACGGGUCAGGAGCCAAGCACCCCAGUGCUGACCAUGCUUUUAUGAUUGGGUCUUAUCUUGAUGUUCCCAUCGGACAAGAAAUAACACCAUCAGGUGGAAGACGCACAAUUAGUAAUAACUGGUUCUCUGUCAGUCAAGGUAUUGCAGAGGAUACUUCUGACUUGGUAUCGGGCUUUGCAACAAUUGGUGAUGAUUCACUUGAAUAUCCAAAUGAAUACUGGGAUUCUGAUGAAUACGAUGAUGAUGACGAUGUUGGGUACACCCGGCAACCAAUUGAGGAUGAAACCUGGUUUUUAGCACAUGAAAUUGACUAUCCUAGUGACAAUGAGAAGGCAACUGGUCACACAAGUGGGCCUGAUCGGCAUGAUCGUCCCACAAAGGAUGAUGAUGAUGACCAAUCAUUUGUUGAGGAGGAUUCUUACAUAUCUGGCGAACAAUAUUUUCACGGGAAGAACAUUGCACAAAUAGGUACUUCGGAGGGGCCAAUGGGGCAUGGAAUUCCUGAUAAUGAUUUGAUUGCUCAGUAUGAUGGCCAGCUUUUGGACCCAGAAGAACUAAAUUUGAUGCAUUCAGAACCAGUCUGGCAGGGUUUCGUUUCACAGAAUAGUGAAUUAGGCAUGUUAGGAAAUGGAAAAUUCCUUAAUGAUUCUGAACGUCCUCAUCCUGAUGACCCAUUUGUGGAGGAUGAUCAGCAUGGUUCAGUUAGGUCAAUUGGUGUUGGCAUUAGCAGUGAUGCUGCUGAUAUUGGCAGUGAGGUGCGUGAAAGUCUGAUUGGAGGAAGCAGCGAAGGAGAUAUUGAAUACUUUAAUGAAAGUAAUCUGAGUGUUAGUGGAAAAAGAAAUUCUCAGCAGGAAACAGAAAAGAAAAGAAUAAAUGCGAAAGGGGCAAAACAGGAACAAUUGAAUUUUAUUGAUAAUCAGAAGGGCGUUUUACCACCAGGUGCAUCAUAUGCUGACGGUGGAUUCUCCUUUCCUCCACCAUUGCAUAGUGGAAAAAAUGUUGAAUCUGAUGUUAAACCGUUAUGGUCAAAGAAGGUUGAUAUGUAUACCAUCAAUGAUCCUGAUGACUUGCAAAACGGCAUGGUAUCAGAUGAUAUGCUUGCCACAUGGAGGAAAAAGAAUAGUGAGUCUUCCCUAAGGAGCUCUCGAGAUGAAAUGGCUUCUGAUGUUGUUAGGUCAAGAAAUUCAAGUGCAUCAUCUGCUUUGAAUAAUACUUAUGAUGAAAUAGAUGACACAAUGAAUUCUCGGCAUCACAAGCUAGACGACGCUCAAGAAGAGGACACUGGAACCACAUUGGAUGAUGAGGAAGCAGCAGCAUUGCAAGAGCAAGUAAGGCAGAUAAAGGCCCAGGAAGAAGAAUUUGAAACUUUUAAUCUAAAGAUUGUGCAUAGAAAAAACAGAACUGGUUUUGAAGAAGACAAAAAUUUCCAUGUUGUUCUCAACUCUGUCAUUGCUGGACGUUACCAUGUCACAGAAUAUCUGGGUUCAGCAGCAUUCAGUAAAGCUAUACAAGCACAUGAUUUACACACAGGAAUGGAUGUGUGUGUUAAAAUCAUAAAAAACAACAAAGAUUUUUUUGACCAGAGCCUUGAUGAAAUCAAGCUCCUGAAGUAUGUCAACAAGCAUGACCCUGCUGACAAGUACCAUCUUUUACGUCUGUACGAUUACUUCUAUUAUCGGGAACAUUUGCUUAUAGUCUGUGAGCUUCUGAAGGCAAAUUUGUAUGAAUUUCAAAAGUUCAACAGAGAAUCAGGAGGCGAGGUCUAUUUCACAAUGCCAAGACUGCAGUCAAUAGCUAUUCAGUGUUUGGAGGCACUGCAGUUUUUGCAUGGACUUGGUCUUAUACAUUGUGAUCUGAAGCCGGAGAACAUAUUGGUAAAGAGCUACAGCAGAUGUGAAGUAAAGGUCAUUGACCUUGGCAGUAGCUGUUUCGAGACAGAUCAUCUAUGUGCAUACGUACAAUCACGAUCUUACCGUGCACCUGAGGUUAUUUUGGGUUUGCCUUAUGACAAAAAGAUAGAUAUGUGGUCACUUGGAUGUAUACUAGCUGAACUUUGCACUGGAAAUGUUCUUUUCCAAAAUGAUUCUCCUGCAACUUUACUUGCACGUGUGAUGGGCAUCAUUGGUUCGAUAGAACAAGCUAUGCUUGCACAGGGACGUGAAACAUACAAAUAUUUCACCAAAAACCACAUGCUGUACGAAAGAAAUCAGGAAAGCAACAGACUGGAGUACUUGAUUCCAAAAAAGACAUCUUUGCGGCACCGCUUGCCCAUGGCUGACCAAGGUUUUAUCGAGUUUGUUGCAUACCUUCUCGAGGUAAACCCAAAGAAGCGACCUAGUGCCUCAGAGGCAUUGAAACAUCCAUGGCUUUCUUUUCCGUACGAGCCAAUAUCUUCAUGACACAGUUGCUACUGGAUGGUGAUGUUUCCAAGCACUACUAUAUUGAGUGCCUUAACAUUUUCUCUUGGCGCUAAGCAACAUGAAGUUUUGAUUGAUCAAGAUGAAACAUGUUCUACCACGACUUGCCCACAGCACGACCAAAGUCCAAAUCUCAUGAAGUGUGCUGCUGCUGCUGGGACGGUCCUCGCCCCCCUGUACUACCAAUGCUGCCCUGUGUUGUGAUGUAAUAUAACCUUCGGUUUUGUCAGUUCCUUGGCCCCAAUGUAACAGGCCAUUUGGUUAGAUACUAUUGCGACCCCAUUUUUAGGAAUAGGGCUGUCAUGUUGUACAUGGUGUUUUUAUUGUUGAACCAUGUGCCUUGUUGCGCACUUCCAUUUGUGGUUCUAACCCAUUCUUCUGUACAUCUCGCACCUCCAAGGUGCUUAGGAACUGCUUGCCCCUCCAGGCUUGUUUUGCCGAGAAUCGUUACACUUUGCUUACCUUCU